CCACGAAUUCCCGCCAAUUUCACCUGUAUUACCUGGCGCCUGCUCGACGCUUCACUAACGCUUUUUCGUGGCUUUCUGCUAGUUUUUUUAUUCGAAUAUCAAAAGCUAGACUUGGGAAUUAAUUGCCACUCGGAGACACAUGAACGAGAGGAAAUACGUGUUUUCUUAGGGUUUCGAUUGAGAAAGGAAUUAACAUGAAACCGGGAGGUGCCACUAAAGCUGCCAUCCCCCAACCUGUAUCUAUUGAGGAUAAGUCCAGGAAAACACUGCAUAAUUUGCAGCCAGCUGCCACUGAUAAGGAGAAUCUUGUGGGGGCUGGGAGGGUCCUGAGGUCGGGGGUCACAGCCAAGGCUGCACCCAAGGAUGAAAUGUCAGCGAAACCGAAAGGAGACUCUGGAAAAAAGUUAAAGAAGUCAACCCACAAGGACAAGGCAUGUCAGACUGCCAGGGGAGACAAAAUCAAGAUCGAAGUUGAAGAUUUGACGUCCGAAGCUGGCCCAAGUGAAAAUUACUGGCAAGUUCUCGCUGAGAGGCGAAGAAUAGCCCUGGACGAUGCCCUAGAGGAGAACAAGGAGCUCUCCGUACGUGUGGAAAGGCUCGAGGAGGAAAAUAAAACCUACAAGGAGAUGCUCGACGAAACCAGAGCUCUCGUUGAGGUCCUCCAGGACAUGAUCGGAGAGGAUCGCCCUGACAUCAACAACUCCCUGGACGACAGUGUACUCUGAUUAAUUUCUAGUUAGCCAAUGCUUGAUUUUC